GUGAAAUGAAAGCAGCAAAAAGGAAAUGUGUAUUUGCGUACUCUACAUAUGACACAUAAGCAAUAAGUGAGUCUUCCAGGGGUUGAGAAACAUGGCCGUUCAGUGAGAAUGACAGCAACGGCACUCCACUGAAUGUGUCACAAAGGUGUCAGCUGAGGUGCACGCAGCAGAGGGGUGUUCUGUACUGUAUGAGGGAGGAGAUCGAGCAGAAAGAAAUGCAUUUCAACAGCACAACUCCCCACAUUUCACCCCCAAACCACAAACCUGGAUUUCCUGGUUACUAUGCACUGAUUCCCUUUGUACUACUCAUACUGAUUGGAUGUGUGCUGGCAAUGGUUGUUUAUAUCAGGAGGAAGUCCAGACUAGAUGAGCUGCGCCAUAGGAUGAUUCCUCUGUACAGCUACGACGCCGCAGAGGAACAAGAAGAGUGGAAGGACGCUGGCAGGGAAGAGGAGGAGCUGACUGAACCUUUGUAUAAGGAGGGAAAGCUCUUGUUUUCAUCGGUCUAUGGAACAUGAACAGAAAGUCAAGAAAGAAAAAAUAAUGUGGCCAAUUACAGGAAGAUUUCUCCAUUUCUAUUUUGUGUUGCAGAUGCUUUACGAAUAUAGACUGGACUCUUAUUAAUAAAAACAUCAUUCAACAGCUACUAGCGCCACAUGAAAUGAUUUAAUUUCUUCCCACAUGACAUGUUCUAUGCAGAGCAACAGACAGAUGACACUACAGGCUAAUCCUCUCUUUUGCCUUAGUUAAGAUUUUGUUUAAGACUUUACCAAGUGUUUUGAAGGAUACUGCAAGAUUGUCAUUUUUGAGCAAUUACCUGGAAGCUAAAAUCCAACUUAAAACCCUUUUUGUUUUGCGUGUGUA